AUGUUAGAUCUCAAAGACAACAUACCUGAAUCUUCUCCUCGGCCUCAUCCCGAGAAACUUAAUAAGCCUCCACAUAGCUUUUCCGAGGCUGAGAUAAGCAAAGCUCGUAGCGAGUUGAUCGACCUAACAGAAGCGGGCUUCAAGCUAUACUGGUUGAAGACGAAGCUUGAUGAGGUUUCCUUGGAGUGGAAGAAAACAAUUACUGAUGGUUCCCGAGAACUCGAGGAACACAUCAAGAAUCUCAAAGUUGAACUGGACAAGGAGAAGGUUUAG